AUGGACGCCACGACGAGCGCGAAGGGUCAUGAUGGCAUCGCUCCAUGGCUUGCGGUCACUCUAGCACUGCUCACCCUCCUCCUCAGCUCGGCCUACUAUGCUCUACAGAAGCCGCCUCAUGGCUCGAAAGCUCCACCUUUGACGAAAGACGCGAGCGCAGUGCUCGGAGCUUUUGCCUUCUUCACGCAGAGGUGGGACUUCCAGCAGAAAGCUUCCAGACAUUCUCCCACAGGGAAUUUCUCCUUUUAUGCCGGCAAGUGGCCCGUCGUCUCGAUAAGAGGCGAAGAAGCCCGGAAGGUGUUCUUGGAGAGCAAAGACCUUGCUUUCAGUGAGGGGUAUUCUGCUCUACUUGCUGGCUCUCCAGAGGUCAAGCCCGACAAUAACGUUCUUGCCAGCGAUGUCACGCACGGCAAUGAGUCUGGCUUCAGCGCCUACUUCAACAAGCGAUUGAUAGCUAUGCUGAAAGGCAACCGACUGCGAGACGGCUUACCUCAGCUCUUGCAGGAUGCUCGGCUCGUGCUCGACGAGAUGGCGGCAACAGGAAAGAACCUCACGGAUCCGUUUGAUAGCAUAUAUCGCAUGGUCUACAAGUUCACCAUGCGAACCGUUGCCUGUAAUGAGAUCGCUGAUGAUCCAGUGCUGCUUGCUAAGACUCUCAAGUGCUUCGAAGAAGUAGAAGGUGCCACGACGCCCCUCAGCAUCAUGUACCCAUGGCUACCGCAAUGGGCGACGGUUAGACGUACUAUAGCUGGCGGGAGACUAUAUGUCAUCUUCAAAGGGGUGGUUGAUGCCAGAAAGAAGAACGGCACAUGGCAGGAAGACGCAUUGCAACACCUCAUUGAUUCUGGCGAUAGUAUCACAGAUAUCCUCAAAUUCGUUCUUGGAGCACUAUUCGCUGGCCAGCUGAACUCUGGCAUCAAUGCGGCUUGGAUUCUGGUAUACAUGACAAGCAAGCCAUAUUGGCUCUCUCAAAUUCGACAAGAGGUUGAUAGAGUGGCCGACCGCUACACACACGAUACUUCACUGCCUCUCAAGGAGAGACUGAUGCAUGUGCCCAUCGAGGCAUGGGAGAACGAGUUCCCGAUCGUAGACAUGUGCCUCCGAGAGUCAAUGAGACUACAGUCAUCAGGGUCGUUCUUUCGCAAGAAUGUAUCCGAUCAUGCGGUACCGAUCAAUAAGGAAGGUACAGAAGUCAUACCUCCCGGUGUCUUCGCCACCUACGCCUUGGGCGAUAUUCACUACAACCCGCAGGUCUAUACCAAUCCGGAUGAGUAUGAUCCGACUCGAUUUUCGCCCGAAAGAGCGGAGGACAAGAAACAGCCAUAUGCAUUUGUGGGCUGGGGUGCUGGGCGACAUCCAUGCUUGGGUAUGCGUUUCGCUAAGCUCGAGAACAAUAUCAUCGUUGCCUUCUUUCUCGCAUACUUCAGCGACAUCAAGCUCGCGAAUGCGGACGGUAGUGAAACCACUCGGAUCCCGGAGACGAACCGCAAUAAUCACACAGCACAUAAGCCCGACGAGCACGUCUGGCUCAAGUACAAGAUUGCUGCCAAUUGA